UUUGGCUCUGGAGCCCCAGCAGAAUCUCUUCAAUAUCUUGCAUGUUACAGAUUUCGCUGCUCCCACCAGCUUGGAGACAACAUGUGGUUCUUGACAGCUCUGCUCCUUUGGGUUCCAGUUGAUGGGCAAGUGGAUACCACAAAGGCAGUGAUCACUUUGCAGCCUCCAUGGGUCAGCGUGUUCCAAGAGGAAACCGUAACCUUACAGUGUGAGGUGCCCCAUCUGCCUGGCAGCAGCUCCACACAGUGGUUUCUCAAUGGCACAGUCACUCAGACCUCGACUCCCAGCUACAGAAUCACCUCUGCCAGUGUCAAGGACAGUGGUGAAUACAGGUGCCAGAGAGGUCCCUCAGGGCGAAGUGACCCCAUACAGCUGGAAAUCCACAGAGACUGGCUACUACUGCAGGUAUCCAGCAGAGUCUUCACAGAAGGAGAACCUCUGGCCUUGAGGUGUCAUGCAUGGAAGGAUAAGCUGGUGUACAAUGUGCUUUACUAUCAAAAUGGCAAAGCCUUUAAGUUUUUCUACCGGAAUUCUAAACUCACCAUUCUGAAAACCAACAUAAGUCACAACGGCGCCUACCACUGCUCAGGCAUGGGAAAGCAUCGCUACACAUCAGCAGGAGUAUCUGUCACUGUGAAAGAGCUAUUUCCAGCUCCAGUGCUGAAUGCAUCCGUGACAUCCCCGCUCCUGGAGGGGAAUCUGGUCACCCUGAGCUGUGAAACAAAGUUGCUUCUGCAGAGGCCUGGUUUGCAGCUUUACUUCUCCUUCUACAUGGGCAGCAAGACCCUGCGAGGCAGGAACACGUCCUCUGAAUACCAAAUACUAACUGCUAGAAGAGAAGACUCUGGGUUUUACUGGUGCGAGGCCACCACAGAAGACGGAAAUGUCCUUAAGCGCAGCCCUGAGUUGGAGCUUCAAGUGCUUGGCCUCCAGUUACCAACUCCUGUCUGGCUUCAUGUCCUUUUCUAUCUGGUAGUGGGAAUAAUGUUUUUAGUGAACACUGUUCUCUGGGUGACAAUACGUAAAGAACUGAAAAGAAAGAAAAAGUGGAAUUUAGAAAUCUCUUUGGAUUCUGCUCAUGAGAAGAAGGUAACUUCCAGCCUUCAAGAAGACAGACAUUUAGAAGAAGAGCUGAAGAGUCAGGAACAAGAAUAAGAGCAGCUGCAGGAAGGGGUGCACCGGAAGGAGCCUGAGGAGGCCAAGUAGCAGCAGCUCAGUGGGUGGCCAUCGAUCGGACCAUCCCCUGCCCACUUCCUCCCUGUGAGCACUGCACACAAACAUCCAAAAGUUCAACAACACCAGAACUAUGUGUCUCACGGCAUAUAACUCUUAAAUAAAGCAAAUAAAUGAACUGACUUCAACUGGGAUACAUUUGGAAAUUUGGUCAUCAGAGAUGACUUUAAAUGAGGCCUACUCUAAAGAAAUCUUGAAAAACUUACAAAUCAAGCCUAGCUGAUAAUAAUCCUAUUACAUAGUUUGAAAAAUAGUAUUUCAUUUCUCAGAACAAGGUAAAACGAUGAGUGGGUGCAUAUGUACAGAAGAUUAAGAUAGAGAAAGAGACAGAAUGAGAGAGAGGGAGACAAAGAGAUACACACACAGCCAGGAGUGGGCAGAUUUCAGGGAGACAAGAGGGAAUAGUAUAGACGAUAAGGAAGGAAAUAGAACUUACAAAUGACUCCUAAGGGACUGUGAGACUGAGAGGGCUCAUGCCUCUGUGUUCAGGACACUUAGUUCAUGGCUUUUCUCUUUGACUUUACUAAAAGAGAAUGUCCCCGUGUAUGUUCUAGGCAUACAAGGGGGUAACUCAUGAUGACAGAUGGAUAUAUUAUUCUUGCCCUCUCUUUUGAGGCUUUCUCAUAACCGCUGUAUUUCUAGAGACAACAAAAAUGCUGCCAGUCCCAGGCCCUUGUCCUGUAGGAAGGCAGAAUGUAACUGUUCUUUAACAAUUAAGUCCAAAUCUCCAAGUGCGGCACUGCAAGGAGAAACUUCAAGUAGGUAGAAGCGGCGAUAUCACAGAGUCCAGACCUUGCCUCCAGAGGUUUGCUUUACCUUCCUGAUUUUCUGGUUGACUACUAACUAGCUUCAGGCUACGCUGCUCACACUUGGGCUGUAAUUUGGAGACAAAAUAUUUUCCUGCCACUCUGUAACAUAGCUGAGAUAAAAACUGAACUAUGUAAAUGACUCUACUAAAAGUUUAGGGAAAAAACAGGAGGAGUAUGACACACGUAGCAA